AGAGAGUAAGUGCCCGGAUGUUACGGCCCCCUCCCCGGCAGUGAGCUGAGCUGAAGCCGCUCCUCCUGUUCCGCGCUGCGGCUCUUCACUGCAGUGAGAUCCGUCACCGGGCCGUAACACGGACGCCUCGAGUCUCACACCCACAAGCGUUUGUUGUUGACCCCGGAAAGGCAAAACAAACCGAAGAAGUCGGAUUCGGUGCCACAAGAACAAAAAUACCACAAAAUAAUAAUAACAACUACAAUAAAAUAACGAAGACAAAAUGGGAAAUGAAGCAAGUUACCCUUUGGAGAUGUGCUCGCACUUCGACGCUGAUGAGAUUAAGAGACUAGGCAAGAGGUUUAAGAAACUCGACCUGGAUAACUCGGGCUCUCUGAGCGUGGAAGAGUUCAUGUCCUUGCCCGAGCUCCAGCAGAACCCGCUGGUCCAACGAGUCAUCGACAUAUUCGACACGGACGGGAACGGCGAGGUGGAUUUUAAAGAGUUUAUCGAGGGCGUUUCUCAGUUCAGCGUCAAAGGUGACAAGGAGCAGAAACUGCGCUUCGCGUUCCGGAUCUACGACAUGGACAAGGACGGCUACAUAUCCAACGGCGAGCUCUUCCAGGUGCUCAAGAUGAUGGUGGGCAACAACCUAAAGGACACACAGCUGCAGCAGAUUGUGGACAAGACCAUCAUCAAUGCCGACAAGGACGGAGACGGCAGGAUAUCCUUCGAGGAGUUCUGUGCGGUUGUCGGCGGUUUAGACAUUCACAAAAAGAUGGUGGUGGAUGUGUGAAUGGAUGGACGCCCCCUUUCACCAAACCUCUCUCUCUCUCUCUCUCUCUCUCUCUCCUCUCUGCCCCUCUCUUACUGUUCCUCUCUCUGAUUCUCUGUGCUCUCCUCCACAACUGAGAAUCCGCUCGCAGUGUCCAGCUCUAAAGUGCUCCCCUUCACUCUCGCUCCUCUUUCACCGUUUUUUCAUCGCUUACACCGAAGUAUUUUGUUUCGUGACCACACCGACCGAAGACCCUGAACCCU